CACACACACAUACAAUGUAUUUUAGUCACAUUCAUGCCCACUCCUCCCACAUUCAUCUCCUCCCACCUCCUCCUCUUUUUAUUUUUUUAAAAAUAGCCCACAGAUUCCCAUUCGUGUGCUACCCACUGGGGUGUGGUUGACCCACCAGAGCCCACAACAUUAAAUUGACUCUCCCUCCCCCAGAAGGUAGCACCCAUCAGUAGCUCCUCAGUUGGGUUGGGGCUUGCGAGCCUAUCCUGGAAUGUUGGCUAGCUUGAUCUUGUGCAGGCAACCACAGCCGCUGGGAGUUGAGUGCCGUGGUCCCACGAUGGCCAGAAGACACUGCCUCAAUGCGGCCGCCUCCUACCUCUGGCUCUUACACUCUUUUGAGCCCUUCUUCUAGAUUUGUGUUUUUAAAUUGAGCCCCAGUAAGUUCGUUUGUUUUACACUUCUGACUUGUCACGCACGCAUCUCUCUAGUGUAGCGAGCAAAAUACAUAACACACACAUAAUACACAAACGGAGGUGUGCCCAACCUUCAGCGAGGCUGGUAUAGCAGCCCCUUCACGGAGGAAGGUAGGAAGCACCCUGCCUUCCUGACGCGGGGAACUUCCCAGAGACCACCGGCCGCCUCCCACGUCCUGAGAUGGUUUUCUCCCUGGGGUGCUGACCCCUGGCUCCCACGUUCUCCCCGGAACCGGAGGCGGGGCGGUGGGGACUACUGCGCCGAGGUGAGGCGCAAACACGUCAGAACUUGGUUCUGCGGCCCGAGCAAGAGCCAGGAACCCACCGCGGUCCUCAGAGUUGAGCCCGAGACGAUGGACGCGUCGUCCACGAGCGUCGGAAGAGAGAAAUUGCUCCAGGCACAAGCCAUCCGCAGGACGUCACAACCCCCGGGAAAAUUCCGGCCCGCAGGCCGGGCGCGACCGCAGUGCGCAGGCGCCACAGAGAUCCACCUGCGCAGGCGCACGGCGGCGGCCGAGGCGGGGCCCCGAGCACGCGCUCCGGGAGCGGGCGGGCGGGCGCGCGCCAUGGAACAGAGGCUAGCCGAGUUCCGGGAGGCCCGCAAACGGGCCGCGCUGGUGGCCCAGCCCUCCACGACGAGCCAGGGCGAGCAGACCUCAGCAGCGAAGGCGGAGCCGGCGGCGGCGACCCCAGAGACAGCCCCGGGCUGGCUGAGACGCUUCCUGAAGUGGAAAGCAAGCCCCGCCAUUACGCGGGCCCGGCCCAGCCAGGUUCAGGAAGCAGCCCAGCAGCCCCCACAGAGCACAGCGGUCCCUCUGCCUUCACCCCGGCACCAGUCUCUCCUGACCAACAUCACCUUCUUGAAGGUUCUCCUCUGGUUGGUCCUGCUGGGUCUGUUUGUGGAACUGGAAUUUGGCCUGGCGUACUUUGUCCUGUCUAUGUUCUAUUGGAUGUACGUAGGGACUCGGGGUCCCGGAGAGAAGAAAGAAGGGGAGAAGAGCGCCUACUCUGUGUUCAACCCCGGCUGUGAAGCCAUCCAGGGCACCCUGACUGCAGAGCAGCUGGAGCGCGAGUUACAGCUCAGGCCCCCACGGGGGAGGUAGGACCCACCUCAGCUGGUCCUCCUAGCCUUGAGCAUGGACUCUAGAGGACAGAGGACAGCUUACAGGGUGGCCUUGUGACCUCCGCAUCCUCCACUUUCCCCUCAUCUGCUGCAUUUUGUUUUUGGACUCCUCUUUGAUUUCGGUGAAAUUUUCUAAAAGACAUUCACUGUGGGGCUGGUGCAGUUUAUAAAAGCCAUGGAAGAAGGAG